GCCUUGAAACGUGAAAAAUGCGAAUAUCCAAGUGCAUAAGUCGAUGCAGUAUAUUAGAUCCAUAUCACCGAUAAACGGUUAUUCCAAAUAACUGUACUUUUGUGAACAGCGUGUCUGAAAAUUCGAUCUAGUAUUCGUUUGUGUGAUUCUGUGUUUAGAUCGAAGUGCUAUAGUAACUGUACAGUUUGUAAUAUAUGCGUGUUUCAUUUUUCUGUUCUUACAAUUUUUGUGGAUUUGGUGUGUAACGUUUCUUUAAAAUUUGUUGGAUAUUGGUUGAUACAUGUUACGAAAAGCUGUGAUACAUGGUUUAUUUACAUAGUACAAUGUAGGUAAAAAUAAAAGUAGCAGAGAUGUGAAUGAAACCGGAUGUAUACAUUUCGUAGGCAUGCGUAUUAACCGUAUUGUGUCUUUUUUUCGCUUCCCGUUGACGUCAUUUUUCUAUACACUUAUAUAAAAAAAAAAAAGCGUUACACGAGUUCUUAAAUCUUGUAUUUAAUUAUUUUGAAUACGGGAAUAUGAUUAUUUUGUAUUAUAUUCGUUGAAAUUACGAGUUUAUAGUGAAAUAUAUAACUUUUUGUAUGUGGCGUCUGGUUUGUUAAACUCCGUCGCGAGAUUCGCGAGUUUAACACAUAAAUAUGCAAGUACAAGAAGCAGAAGGAGCUGACGGUUCACCAUGGAACAAUUCCAGCGGUUGCGACGAGGAACGUCGUCCAACUCAAAAGGAGGGUAAAAAAUCAAAUAUACUACCUCUAUGGGGAAACGAAAGGACUAUGAAUUUAAAUCCACUGAUUUUGACAAAUAUACAGUCGUCGCAUUAUUUUAAAGUGAACUUAUACGAAUUGAAAACAUACCAUGAGGUUAUUGAUGAAAUUUAUUAUAAAGUAUCUCAUCUGGAACCAUGGGAAAAGGGAAGCAGGAAAACAGCGGGUCAAACGGGCAUGUGUGGAGGCCGGUUCAUGCAGGUUCGUGGUGUCGGUGCUGGUGGAAUUGUAUCAACGGCUUAUUGCCUGCUGUACAAGCUCUUCACCUUGAGGUUAACACGGAAACAAUUAAACGGUCUUAUCAAUCAUCCUGACUCACCAUACAUUCGGGCAUUAGGGUUUAUGUAUAUUAGAUACACACAACCACCAGCUGACUUAUUUAGUUGGUAUAGCGAUUACUUAGAGGACGAGGAAGAGUUAGAUGUAAAAGCUGGAGGAGGUCAAGUUAUGAAAAUGGGUGAUAUCCUCAAACAAUUUCUUACUAAAUUAGAGUGGUUUUCAACUCUAUUUCCAAGAAUACCAGUGCCUAUACAAAAAGAACUUGAACAUCGAUUAGCAGAAAGGUUCCCUCAGCAGUCUAUGAAUGCUCGGAAUGCAAAACCACCUAUCACGUUAAAUAAUCAUGGAAAAUAUAGUAACAGCGGUAACAGGAAAGAUAAUGGCAACAUUGUCCCGCGAAAUCAACCACGACAUAUCCCAGAUAGCGAAGCUCAAUGGGGCGAGGCUGAGAAAACAAGCCACUGGCGAGCCAGAUCUGACGAGGAUCGUAAGGAUAAAUACAGGGACCGUGAACGCGAACGGGAUCGAACCAGAGAACGAGAACGCGAACGAGCACGUGAAAGGGAUCGAGAAAGGGACAGGCAUUUCAAACGAUCGUCCAGCCGCGAUCGAAGUCGAAGACAGAGAGAAUAUAGGAGUCGUAGUAGGGACAGAUCACACAGAGAUCGGAGUAGAGACCGUUACCGUGACAAGGAUCGUCACCGAGAUAGAAGAGGAUCGCCUUACGACUAUGCCACAGAGCUUGCACGGGAAAGAGAGAGACAACGAAGGGAAUGAAAAUGUAUGCUACAUGUAUAUAUCAAUAUAAAUGUUUGUACGAGUGUAACUAUGGAGAUAAAAACGAUUUAGAGCCGAGCCAUCCGAACACCACCGCGUUUUAAGAGAGAACUUACUUCAUUUGAAGUA